UCCGCCCUCCUCAACCCCUGCGGCAACCCCAUCCAGGAGAGAGGGUUGCCUGGAAGACCUCGGUUUGAGCACCACUGCCUCGCCAUGUUCCAGGAACUCUGUCAGGAUUGGUGGACGAAGCGACAAACGGCCUCGCCGAUUCGCCCAUUCAGGCCACGCCUCGCGCCCGGACCUCCUCUUUCACUUGCGAGCAGUCUCCGGGAGUAGUUGUGUGCAGCUGCAACAAAGGCCACCCCGGUAGACGACGGCCGGCUAGUCCUCGUUGACACGACGCACGCUCAAGAGCUUCGACCUUAACGGGAAGGUUUCUGGCCAUCUGGCGCCUACGAAAGUGAAUGAGCCGAGGACUAGAUCGGGUGUCCCGUUAAGAGAUUGGGGGUUACGUUUCCUCAGACGAUUUCACUUUUCCUGCUCCACGUGAGUGAUCGCAGCGGAUCGUCUCAGAAUCGCUGGAGGCUCUCGGAUUUUGGGCGGUAAACGGCUGUUAGCGAAGACGGUAGCGGAAGACAGAUUUUUGGAAAUCAACUGAGCCCACUAGUGAACGGUUUGGGGUGAUCCGAUGAAAGCACACUCGUACACUAUCGUUAGCCGAUGUUAAAGAUACCAAGCCAGUUCAGUGUCAGCAAGAAACGUUGCUGGACGAGUGCUGGACGAGAUAAGGAUGAAGUCCGGGUGACGUACCCGCGUCAUGAUUUGUGAAGAGGUGACAAGUGACCAGAUAUGGGGGUUCAUCAUGAGAUAUAAUAUCAAGUAAAGACUUGCGUCCGACAUUUAAUUGAACGGGGCCUGGUUUGAAUCGGACACGUGUAAGAACUAGCUUGAUCCCGUGGCAUUUGUGUCGGUAACGUGAUCUUGCUCCUCCUCUACAAAGACUUCAACGAUCCCGCGAUAAAGUCGCAAAAUAGGGCUUGAGCAAACGUUGAAACUAUGGUGGUCUGUCUCUGACCAGCUAUCCGCGGGACAAAUUCUUGAGCAGACGUUCUUUUAGAUAGGCAAAGGGACGUUUUCAGUCGAGUGGCCGACGGUGUUGAUGUAAGCGUUGCUGGAGCCAAUCAACAUCUCGAGCGGUGCGUGCUGUUGUCCGAGAUGCACUUUACGGUGAAAGACACGUGUGCCACACGGUUUCGUCGCGCGAUCAUCCAGCUGUAGCAAGUUCUACACGGCGAAUCACUCGCAAGGAGGACCACGAGUCAUCGGCGGGGCGGUGUCACCAGCUGGAAGCGAUCUCUUGCGAGUAAUCCUUCGACCGGCUUCCCGACAAUGGAUUCUCAGCAGCUUGUCGAUUCAGCCUCUCAGAACAGUCAGGACAUCGUUUUACCGAAACCGGCCAGCAGUACCCCCAGACACAGCAUCGACGCAAUUCUCGGGUUGGCCAGCCAUAAAAGGACUCAUCAAGAGAUGGAGGACACCAGUCGCGACACGCAAGAGAAUACUGGUGAGAACAGCUGCAACUCCACCGGCGGCGGCAGCGACGAGGAACUCGGCGCGGGCUGCGGGGACGACAUAAACGGCAACGGGGGCAAGAAGAAGCACCGUCGCAACCGGACGACCUUCACGACCUACCAGCUGCACGAGCUCGAGCGGGCGUUCGAGAAGUCCCACUACCCGGACGUCUACUCCAGGGAGGAGCUCGCCAUGAAGGUCAACCUUCCGGAAGUUCGUGUCCAGGUCUGGUUUCAAAAUAGACGAGCCAAGUGGCGCAGGCAGGAGAAGAUGGAAGCCGCGAGACUGGGCUUGAGCGAGUAUCAUCACGCCGCCAAUAUGAGAAACGUCGCCGGCCCGGCGCUGGGUCUGCCGGGAGAUCCAUGGCUCGCGCCGCCAGGAUUGCUGAGUGCGCUACCCGGCUUCCUCGCAGCACCUCACACAGGAUAUCCCAGUUAUCUAACGUCUCCCAGGCGAUUACCGUCGCCGCCGAAUGUCGGCGCCGUGGCUAAUCCCGUUCCAGGGUCCCUAGCCAGCAGCAUGGCGAGCAUAAGCGCCGGCGGCCACGUGCAACCACCGCCGCCGAGUCCGCCGGGGCACGAUCCUCGCACGACGAGCAUCCAGGCGCUCAGGAUGCGGGCCAAGGAGCACGUCGAGAGCAUCACCAAAGGCCUGCAGAUGGUCUGAAGGUUAACCUAGGAUUCGCCAAGGGCGCGCACCGCUGUCAACCGCACCGGCCUCGUGCUCGUGACGGCGUGACGAGGGGAAGCGAGCAGCUCUUCGCCCAGACACUUCUAGACCCCGGAAAAUCGGCCGAAGAGGAACAGCGGCAUGUCGACCGACUAGAGAGGAAGCGAGAGAAAGAAUCGAGAAGCAGGACAGAGAGAGAGAGUUCAUUCCGCGCGACGGGUGAGAAGCGGAUCCACCGACAGUGCUGGACGCCAGGGCGCUUCGCGCGGAAGAGGAUGAUCGUCGAACGCGGCGGGUAGUCCUGAUGAUUGCGAGAAGGUCUCGCGCCGGUAGCUACCAAAGGAAUGAUUCGCCCGGUGAUCAUCGGUGAGGACGCGUUGAACGAUCACGAGGUCCGAUGUGCCGCGACGAUCGGUGGGUGUAUCUUCGACGAUUGUAGAGACUGUCGGUGUGAUAAUCGAUGCAGGUACCUACGAUCGACGAGCAUGUGUUCAUGGUUGGGAAUGGGCUAACUCGUUGAGGUGCACACUCGUGGGAGAGUUCCGACGUCGGGGAAAAAUCGAGUCUUUCGCUCGAGGCAGUGCGGAAGCGCUGGAUAAGUAACAAGGGCGUUUGAAUAAACAAGAGAGAAAGAGGGAAGGAAAACAUGUCUCGCCAGAGACGGCCGCGAGUCUCAGGGUGAUGUUCACAGUCGGGUCUCUUGUGCUUAAGAUCAUCUUAACCCGGCUAGAAAUUUAUCCUGUGAUCCUGAUCAAGUUGAUCACAAUCUGGCUUGUAUAAAAUGAUGUUGUCGAGUCCUAAUUGUUCACUCUUUAAGACUCAGUGUACAUAAUUAUGUACAUUCACUUUGAGUUCUCUUCAGACUUUUUAUAUUGCCAAUUUACUGAUCUUUCGAUACAUUAUUAUCUAUCCAUCCUAGAUAGAGGAUAUCCUUCUUAUAUCCUUCUCCCCAAACAGCGUAAAACAGUGAUUUUCCCGCUGAAGAAACUAAUAUGGCGAUCGCGUGCAAAGCGAAAUUGUUAACGCUCGAAAUUGUGUAAAGUUUCUCACGGAAGAAAGUAAGCAAAUUAUAUGUUCUCAAUUUUUUAUCAAUGUCAUCUUAAAGUGCAAGAUGGCACUUUUAUAUUCAUUAUCGUGAUUAUAAGGUUUAUUAAAUUUUCUAGCUGAAGCAUACGUGCAAAUGGGAAUGUAGAAUAAUUAUGUAGAUUCGGAAAAUCGUAUUUUUCGGCGAUUAAUUUUAUUUAGACCACGAAAUUCUUCAUCAGGGACAUUUUUAAGAUUAUUUUAUAAAAAAAUUGUACUCGCGGGAUCAAUGCCUGGAUCUUGAAGAGUUAAUAAGACUCUGAUUAUUUGAGCUCUAAUAAUGUUGGAUCUAAGACCUGAAGGAAUAUUCAAUCACUCACUUGUGUAAAGAAUCCGGGGAAAAUCCAAAAUAGUUCAAAUACGUUUGUAGGCUUGAUUUUCUUAUGCUAUUAUCUUCCAGUGAAGACUUUUCUAUAUCUUAGGAAAAGAAUGUGUUUAAAAAUAUUGAUUUUCUACAAAGUUAUAGUUGUUCAAAGUUACUUGAAUCUGACAGAUCCAAAUUUUAAUUGUACGUUCUAAGAAAUGUUAAUCCUCAUUGUGUGAUUCAUGGGUUAUUUUAGAGAUAGUCAAACAGUCAAUAAUUCUAUGCUUUCUUUCGUGAUUUGUGAAAAAAUACAGACAUUGGACAUUUUAAAAUAAAACAAAAACUUUGAAAAAUAAGAACAAAAUUUGUCUCGCGAUUUCUUCUCUCUCUAUAUAUUUCUUGAACAUAAGAAGAGAAAUGAUACUGCUGAGAGAUAAAGAGAUCACGCCGCGUUAGAAGAAAACAGCGAAUCACAUACACAGAGUGAUAAUCAAGAUCUUAUUAAUAAUUAUUAUUAAUAAGAAAUCUUGAUUAUCACAUUUAGUUACAAAGCUUAUCAACACCUGAUAACAUCAUCUUAUACAAACCAGAUAACUGAUUAGGGUUCUGACUGAACAAUGGAAUAAAUUUUUAGUCAGAAAGUUCACCUUCAGAUGCUACGCGAAUCUUUUCAUUGCAGUGUCUGAAGAUGAACUUAAGACGACCUUAAAUAUAAGGUCGCUAUAUGAAUGCGGCCCUUAAGGGGAUGCUGGAGUCGAUGACGUACUCGAGCAAUGUCGAUAAUGCAGAGACGAUCGUCACUAACAUAACCACGCUAUCUUUUUCGUAUUUCUUGUAUAUAUAGAAUUUAC